AUGGCAGGCUCAUCCCGCAAUGCAUCGCCCAUCAAGCGCCUCAUGACGGAGCUCCAAACAUACCAGAGCGACCCCAAUGAAGCUCUCCUGGAACUGGGUCCCAUAGACGACGACGUUAUGCACUGGCGCGCGGUCAUGAAGGGUGUUGUUGGCACAGCAUAUGAAGGCGGCCGCUGGCUCCUCGACAUUCACAUACCCAACGCGUACCCACUGUCGCCUCCCUCCAUCCGCUUUGUCACACCCAUCUGUCACCCAAACGUCGACUUCAAGACCGGGGAGAUCUGCCUCGACACUUUGAAAACCGCCUGGACGCCCGCACUCACGAUUACGGCGACCAUGACCACAAUACAUCAGCUCCUCACGAGCGCGGAGCCGGACAGUCCGCUAAAUGUAGAUGUCGCGCAGUUGUUCAGAAUUGGUGAUGAAAUCGGUGCGCAAAGCUUGAUCAGGUUCUACACUGAGACAGAGAGGAUAUGA